AUGAGCGGAGUGAUUCCAGACUAUGGGAGUUCCAUACCUAAGAAGUAUCGACAAGGGAGUGUCGGAGAGAUCCCCACUCUAGGUAUCAAAACACUCUUUAGAAUGAUCCUGCUUGGUCCUUCAUUUUCUGGCAAAAACAACCUGUGCAUGUUUAUUCUGAAGCACUCUCCUCACGUCUUUAGCCACCUGCAUAUCAUAGCACGCAACCCACAUCAGGAACUUUACGAGUAUCUACGCAACGAGCUGGAGGGAUUCAUCACAUUCUACGACGAACCGCCAAGCGUCGAUACUAUCCGCAGCACUCCAUUGAAGAAGCCGGAGCUCGUCAUAAUCGACGACUACAGUAACGAUCGCAACCUUCAGCGGAAUGUCUUCAGCCACUACUUUACGCGAGGGCGUCAUUUCAAACUGUCAACCAUAUUCCUGAGCCACAGCUACUUCGCAACCGACAAGAUGAUCCGCUUGAACGCAGAGUACGUUGCAAUCCUCAAGGCCAACAGCAAACGAGAUCUACAGAUGAUCGUCAAGGACUUCAACAUCCCAGGCGUAAAUGAAUCAACCAUCCUCACUCUAUACAAUCGGGCUACCGCCAACAAAGGUCAGAUGCUGUUUGUCGACAGCGUUCGAAGUCAGCUGAGAUUCAAUUUUAACAAAGUGAUUCAACUAUCAGAAGACUAA